UAAAUAAUUGCAAGUGAAUUUGCUGAUAUAGUUUUAUCCUUGUCUCUAACUGAUAAAUGGUCAUCCGUGAAAAUAAAUUUAUUCAUUCUACAUUUAUAUCUAUUACCUGUAGGAAAAGACCUCCUCCGAAUUAUCACAAGAACCCCAAUCAUAAAAUCAUAAAACGAAUUAACAAACAAAAAAAAAUUAGAUCGAUAAAUCAGACGUUGGCAUUCUCCUAAUUAGGCUAAUUUAUCGAAUAAUCAUGGGCAUCCGCAGAAAAUUUUUCUCUGCUGUUAAGUUCAUUUUGGUACUCACGGAACUUUGCGUCAAUCAAGUUGUCUGUAUUUGUCUAUCUGUGAGGUAAACACAACAUAUACAUCUUCCUGGAUUCGUGUUAUAGCUUUGUUUCUCUUAACUGAUAGUAGAAGGCGCCAUUCAAAAAACUUUCCAUUGUUGCUUUUAUAUAAAUGUUUAUUUCUCUAACAAUAACGUCUCGAGUCAGAGGACUCGAGAUGUCUGAAUAUAUUUAUAAUCGGCGAUUCAAAAUAUUAAUUAAUGCAAUUUAGAAGCGAAUAUGAACAAAAAAAUUGAAUUUUUAUUCUGUUAAUUUCGAAAAAUUCGUUAGAUUAUUCGAAUAAUUUGACUAAAAAGAAAAUUGAAUGGUUACGGGAGGUGAACAUCGAUUUAAGAAUAAUAAUAUGGAGAAGAAGGGAGAAAUUUUGAAUUAUAUGGAAGGAGAAAUGGGACUGUUGAAAUUCCUAGACAGAAAUAUUUCUGAGAAGAAUGAAGAAUACGAAAAAGACGAACUACCUGAUAGAAUCCGAUGGAACUAUCAAAAUGGUCUCUUAGAUUUAACUGAUGUGGCUAUAAAACUCUUUCAAAGAGAAUCUAAACGUCAGAAAGAGGAAGAAGAAACAUUAAAUAACAGCAAAAAACAGAUACAAGAAUUAGAUGAUUCAAUUAAAAUGGCAGAUGGCAUAUUCGAUCAACUGAAAGAAAAAUGGAGUAAAGAUAGUGAAGGAUCUUCGGAGGAGGAAUAUGAGACAUUUCUAGCAUUAAAACAUUCCAUUCAAAAGAUUCUAACCGAUAAAGAGAAGAAAAUCGUGUUGUUGAAGGAGCAAGUGAAGAAGAAAGACGAAAAAUUCGACUUGAGUUUGGAAUAUUUAAGAGAUAAUGUACUGACAUUAACGAAGAAAACUGAUAAAAUUUUCAAAGAUUUCUUCAAAUUAACUAAAGAAGAAUUUGAACGUUCUGUGGAAUCGUUAGGGAGGAAUCAUAAGAAUAUGAUUCAAAACCAAGUAAAUAAUAACAUAGUCAAUCUUUCGACCCAUUUGAACAACGAAACGAAAUUUAAAGAAUUAGAGUUUCAAGAAGAGAAACAGAAGACAGAGAUUUACGAUUUGGAAAUUAAAUUAACAAAAAAAACUAAAAAAAUUCAGCGCCAAUUAGAGAAUGAAAUUCAAGAAGUGACUCUAUUAUUGAGAGGAAUGAAAACAGAAUGUUAUUUGAACGAAGCUAAAUUAGAGCAUAACAUUCAAGUUCUUCAAAGAAGAGAAACUGAGGCCAUCAGGGCUCGAGCUGAACAGAAAAGGAAAUUGAAUCGCUUGAAGGAUCAGGAAAUAUUUCUGAUGAACGAAUACUCCAAAUUAACGCGAGAAGGUCAUUUAGAAAUUAAGAAAUUACUGAAAAAUAUCGAAUUACUGACUUCUCGAAUGUCUUCUACAAAACUCAAAUCAGAUUAUCAUUGUGAAGUGAAUAAAAAUCGAUUCCGCUCUAUUUGGGUUUCUCAAGAAGAUGAUGCAAAAGAAUUGUUAGAGAAAGUAAAAAUUGCCGAUAGAAUCAUUCACGAGCAAAUUCUUAGAAGAAAAUGGAUGAAUGUGGACACUUCUUUCACUCAGAAUCGUGGGCCUCUUUCUUCUACGAUUUAUUCUCAUGCCAUUUUACCACCGGUCACAAAACAACAGACAAAGGACGAUUGGCCAAAAAGUUUGCGCUGUCUUUUGGAAAAAAUAUGUAACGAAAUGGGAUUUGUUAUAGAAGAGAAAGUGCUGGCCAUCUUGAAGCACUUGCCAAAAGAUGGCAGGUCCUUGAUAUCUGUCGAUGUCAUUUUGGAGAUUUUUGGUAUCAAGGACAAAGCAUCAUUGCAAAAAUUAACAAAGUAUCUCACGAAAUAUACCGAAAUAGACGACUGCGAGAAUUGCAGCAACUUAAUAUCUUCGGAAGGUGUCAUGAAUGCCUUCAUAGAGCUGGCAAUCGAUUUUCGUUUGGAAGCGAAUUUGGCUUCUGAUAACAAUUCAAACGACUCGGAUUCCAUUAAAACCUCCAAAUACGAAUUUGGAGAGAAAGACGAAGUUUAUUGGAAUAAAUAUACGACUGCUUUUCCUAAAUCUCGAAUAUGUCUGUGGGAUGGACUCUUUCAGAUUCAGAAAAAGUAUCUUUGCGUCUUAAAGAAAAGAGCCGAAUUAAUGGAUCGAAUAGAACAAAUCGGACAACAAAAUAAGGAUUUACAAAUGGCUCUUGAAAGACUUCGUUUGCAUUACAAUUAAUUUAAUCAAUUAGAGAAUUAAAAAUGUUGUCCGUUAAACAAUUUUAUGAAAAUUAAAAACUUUA